AUGGGUCAAUACUUCUCCUUGCGUGGAGCUGAAGAAUGGGCAGACACCCUGCACAAGACGGCAUUGCCAUCGAUCUGGUCGACAGCCACCUACACCCCCCUCGCCAAGUCGCGGCAGAUCCUUCUAACGCGACCGGGAAACGUGGAGUACGUCUUCCCAGGAACCUUUAGGCAGGGAGGAGAUUACGUGCAGGUCAGCGAAGCUGCGGAAGUUGUGCUCAUCGCUGGCUUUGAUGCGGAGAGUGGUCGAUGCUAUUCAGGCAUCGUUCUCCAAGCACACUGCAACUUCCCGCAUAAGUUCUCGCGGACAGUGGAAGAGGUGACCGCUGCAGAGAAGAAGGUCCGCGAGCAGGACGCAUCGCCCUCGCCACCCUCGCCCUCAGAGGAUAUGGAGUCGACGGCCACACGGUGUCCUUCAGUGGAGAAGUUGCGCAGAGAAUGCAGCUGGAUGUCUCGGAGCGCUUCCGGAGCUCGGCUCAGCCCUACUAGCACGAUGUUCAAGAGUGCCUCGCGGAGCAGCGGUCUCUCGCUUGAGAAGUUUGGUGAGCUUGAAGAGCCCCCGCCGACACGAGAACGGCUCUGGUCUUGUUGCCUUCUCUAUGCCGUCAAGGAGGGCAUCCUCGUGCAUUUUGCGGAUGACAUAGAAUCUUGUGAGGAGGUGAUUCGUUCUGUUCAAGCGCGAUACCGGGAUGUCCAGGGAUCAGCGGCCAGCGUUGCGCAUCCGCAGGUCCACACGGUCCGGCAUUCAGCUGGGGGUGCACCACCGGUGGCUGGACGCAUCAUCGCUGCAGUGCUGAAGAAUGACCUGAAGCGCGACUUCCAGGUGUACAGCACAGCGGACAAGCAGAAAGAGUUCACCAACUGUGUCGCCUUCUCUAUGCGAAUAGUCAAGGACUUCCAGUUGGCGGUGCGGGGCUUUGACAUUGUGAAAGCCUGCGAGAGCAACCCGUCUCUGGGGCGCAAGGCAGGAGAAGUCGUCGGUUGUGCCUGGGCGGCUUUGGCACACGGUGUGAGCUGGACUGCUUCUGAAGAGGUCAUGAUGCAGAGUGUGCAGAUGUGUGCAGCUCGCAAUGCCUUCGCUUGUCGGGUUGAAAACGGUUUCAAGGUGCAUCUGGAAAGCUCCACAUGCUUUCAGGCCUGGUGCACGUUUCACUUCAUACGAGAGCCCAGGCCCUUCAUUUUCGAUCUGCCUCCCAGCGUGAUGUCCUUGAUUGAGUUUGACGUGAUGGCUGUGAAUGAUCCAGGGGCUGUGCUUCUUUCAUGCGUGCUCUCGCACUGUGGGGCCUCGCUCGGAUCAAGUCCAGACUUCGUGGUUAGACAACACAUCCAUGACAUCCCUCAUCUUCGAUGCAUCUCCGAAGAGGAGUGGUUCUGCUGCUGGCACUUCGGAACUGCUUUGCAGAUGAUCCGGCCUGCUUCCCAGGGAUAUCUGUCCGUGGACUUCGCCUCAGCCAACCCGCCGCUGGUGAGAAGAGAGGCCAAGACUCCCGAGUCUGACUUGGAGGAGCGGUUGGCGAAUGCUAUGGAGGUUGCCAAGGUUGCCGAAGCUGCGGCUGCCCGGGCCGCUGUCAUGGUUGCUGCGCAGGAUCAAAGGCUGAAUGCCGCAGACGAGAAGAUCAUCGAGCUCGAGCAAGAGAAUGCGGAACAGAAGAAGGAGCUUGAGGCGGUCCGAGGAGACUUCGCGAAAGUGGAUGCAGAUGUCAACGACGCGUUGAACCAGACAAACAGCACCGCGCUCAGGCUCCAGGCCGAAGUGGAAGGCAUACAGCGAGAAGACGGCCAGCUGAAGGCCAAGGAUGAUAUCCUGGAGCGAGUUGUCAAGGAUGUGGAAAGCAAAGUUAUCGAAUUUGGGACAGAAGCGAUGCAUGCGGAAACUGCAGCUGGGCAUGCUCAGAAGGAUGCCGGGAAAGCCAAGAAUGCAUCAGAUCUUCUAAAGGCGAGAGAAGCCAAUCUUAAGUACGAAGUUGAUGACCUUGGAACGACGUUGGAUGAGGUUCUGAAGGACCAGAACUCAUCCAAGAGCGCAGUGCAGAAGUUGCUCAAUCGUACACAAAAUCUUGGCAAGACGAUGUUGAAGAUCAGCAAACACUUGAGAAAGUUUGAUGGGAGUCUCAGCAAAGCAGUGAGACAGGCGGGGGAGUCGGACAAGCUUGCGAAGAUGGCCAAAGAGGAAGCAGACGAUGCUUUGGAUGACGUUGAGUCUGUUGGCCAGCCAGUCCCAGGAUUUGGUGGAGGCUACAGCCGUGCCUCCUCCGUCGCGGGCGAAGAAGGCCCCCGUGGGCCGCCUGGUCCCCCAGGCCCACCUGGACCUGAUGCACGGUCGAAAAGGGCUGCACAGUCGUCGCGCAGCGCGCCUGGACCACGAAACAAGCAAAGCCAAAGUGGACAGAACGAGGAGGCUCAGCCAGUCCGAACGGUUGUGUCAAGCGUCUACGAUCCAACAACAGCAGCUGUAGCUGCCAAGCAACAUGCAAAAGCUGCCUGGGAAGCUGUCAAACAAAUACAGGCCCAAAACUCCAAAACGCGACCAAUCUACGAGGUGGCUUCCAUGACUGGCGAUUUGAUUCAGAUAAUGAAAGGUCCCCCAGGUCCGCAAGGCGCGCCUGGAGAAGCAGGAGCAGCCGGUGCAAAGGGCAAACCCGGUCCUCCUGGUGUUCCGCUUCGAGAACCGCCGCCUUCACCGCCGCCCAGAAACACCUCUAAUUCCACCGCAACUUCUAACUCGUCCAACACAACAUCUCAGAGCAAUUCAAGUGACACUGAUGAUGUCGAAGCUCCGCUGAAGAAAGCCGCCAGCCUCCCCAUGUACUUUGCAGCCUUUGGCGCAUCGGUCGCGGUCCUGCUGAUUCUCUACAGGUCCAUAGAUGCCAUCAUCGUGACAGGUGACCUCUCUGCACGAGCAUGGAACAAGAAGAAAAAGUUAAAGGCAAAAGCCAAAGCAAAAUCCAGCGCAGAAUCGGCAGCCGCAAGCGCCCCUGCUGAUGCCGCUGCAAGCGCUCCUGCUGAUGAGUCGUGA